ACCUACCUUGUCCCUCCUCCUCGUUACUGACCCGCCCUGCGGGUUUCCCUGUGCCACUGCGGUGAAACCAACUGUAAAAGAGGAUCUGGUUAAAAAAGUAAACAACAACCUGAAUAUCACGAGCGCCGUGUUUUGUAAUAGCGAGACCCCCAGUUUAUAUAGUUAUUUUUUCUUUUCGUUCACAUCUCCGGGUCAACCUAUUUCAUCAUCCAACCGGCAAAAUGGGAAAUGAGGCAAGUUACCCCCUGGAAAUGUGCUCGCAUUUCGAUGCUGAUGAGAUUAAGCGUCUGGGAAAGAGGUUUAAGAAACUGGACCUUGAUAACUCUGGGUCCCUUAGUGUGGAGGAGUUCAUGUCCCUGCCUGAACUCCAGCAGAACCCGCUGGUCCAGAGGGUCAUCGACAUCUUCGACACCGAUGGAAACGGAGAGGUGGACUUCAAGGAAUUCAUUGAGGGAGUCUCACAAUUCAGUGUCAAGGGGGACAAGGAGUCAAAACUUCGGUUUGCCUUCCGGAUCUACGACAUGGACAAGGAUGGCUACAUCUCCAACGGAGAGCUCUUCCAGGUGCUGAAGAUGAUGGUAGGAAACAACCUGAAGGACACCCAGCUGCAGCAGAUCGUGGACAAGACCAUCAUCAACGCAGACAAGGACGGAGACGGCAGGAUAUCCUUCGAAGAGUUCUGCUUAGUGGUGGGUGGCCUUGACAUACACAAAAAGAUGGUGGUAGACGUGUGAGCAUGUCCCUCCACUCCUCUCCCUCCCAUCGCUUUCUUCUCCAUCGGUCUCUGAAGAUCUGCUCAAGACGUCUGGCAAACACUUCGUGUAUCAAUGGAAGUCUUCUCUCUCCCCGUGAAGCCACUUUUUUCCCCCCCUAAACAAGCCACAAGCUUCGCGAAGCCAAUUUAGUUGUGUUAUUGAACUCCGAUCCUCUCGAUAACCUGAAGGACAGCUAUUUUUUGUUUGUAAGAGCAUCCCAGUUUGAGGGAGGGAGGGGAAAGGUUGGCUUGAUUAUAUUUUGUCAAAAAAAAAAAUGUAAUGUUAUUUUUUUUUAAAUAUUUAUUUUUGUUCUGGUCUCUUUUUUUAUAGACAAGUAUAUCUAUAAAUGUUUAUUUAGUGGGGAAAUGUGUCAUUAUCUGAGGUGUUGCGUUUAAAUAAUAUACUUGAUUUGGGUUACAAUUCAAAACGUAGGGUAUAAAGUGCCAACCAGGACAUAUGGUAUUGUUAUUAUUAAGUGUCCACCAUUGCGGUCAGUGAUGGACUGGUCAGUGAUGGACUGGUCAGUGAUGAGUCAAACGCUCGCUGCAAGAUCACUAAUGGUUAGAUGCAAAUUUCAUUUUCAAAAAUAAACAGCAGUUUCUUUUGCACUAUUUGACUCCUGAGCAGGUUGGAUCAAUUAAGACAUUUGACUCCUGAGCAGGUUGGAUCAAUUAAGACAUUUGACUCCUGAGCAGGUUGGAUCAAUUAAGACAUUUGACUCCUGAGCAGGUUGGAUCAAUUAAGACAUUUGACUCCUGAGCAGGUUGGAUUAGAUCAAUUAAGACAUUUGACUCUUGAGCAGGUUGGAUUAGAUCAAUUAAGACAUUUGACUCCUGAGCAGGUUGGAUUAGAUCAAUUAAGACAUUUGACUCUUGAGCAGGUUGGAUCAAUUAAGACAUUUGACUCUUGAGCAGGUUGGAUCAAUUAAGACAUUUGACUCCUGAGCAGGUUGGAUUAGAUCAAUUAAGACAUUUGACUCUUGAGCAGGUUGGAUCAAUUAAGACAUUUGACUCUUGAGCAGGUUGGAUCAAUUAAGACAUUUGACUCUUGAGCAGGUUGGAUUAAUUAAGACAUUUGACUCUUGAGCAGGUUGGAUCAAUUAAGACAUUUGACUCUUGAGCAGGUUGGAUCAAUUAAGACAUUUGACUCCUGAGCAGGUUGGAUUAGAUCAAUUAAGACAUUUGACUCUUGAGCAGGUUGGAUCAAUUAAGACAUUUGACUCUUGAGCAGGUUGGAUCAAUUAAGACAUUUGACUCUUGAGCAGGUUGGAUUAGAUCAAUUAAGACAUUUGACUCUUGAGCAGGUUGGAUCAAUUAAGACAUUUGACUCUUGAGCAGGUUGGAUCAAUUAAGACAUUUGACUCUUGAGCAGGUUGGAUCAAUUAAGACAUUUGACUCCUGAGCAGGUUGGAUUAGAUCAAUUAAGACAUUUGACUCUUGAGCAGGUUGGAUCAAUUAAGACAUUUGACUCUUGAGCAGGUUGGAUCAAUUAAGACAUUUGACUCUUGAGCAGGUUGGAUCAAUUAAGACAUUUGACUCUUGAGCAGGUUGGAUCAAUUAAGACAUUUGACUCUUGAGCAGGUUGGAUCAAUUAAGACAUUUGACUCUUGAGCAGGUUGGAUCAAUUAAGACAUUUGACUCCUGAGCAGGUUGGAUCAAUUAAGACAUUUGACUCUUGAGCAGGUUGGAUCAAUUAAGCCAUUUGACUCCUGAGCAGGUUGGAUCAAUUAAGACAUUUGACUCUUGAGCAGGUUGGAUUAGGUAAAUUAAUACAUUUGACUCUUGAGCAGGUUGGAUUAGGUAAAUUAAUACAUUUGACUCUUGAGCAGGUUGGAUUAGGUAAAUUAAUACAUUUGACUCUUGAGCAGGUUGGAUUAGGUAAAUUAAUACAUUUGACUCUUGAGCAGGUUGGAUUAGGUACAUUAAUACAUUUGACUCUUGAGCAGGUUGGAUUAGGUAAAUUAAUACAUUUGACUCUUGAGCAGGUUGGAUUAGGUAAAUUAAUACAUUUGACUCUUGAGCAGGUUGGAUUAGGUAAAUUAAUACAUUUGACUCUUGAGCAGGUUGGAUUAGGUAAAUUAAUACAUUUGACUCUUGAGCAGGUUGGAUUAGGUAAAUUAAUACAUUUGACUCUUGAGCAGGUUGGAUUAGGUAAAUUAAGCUUCCGAUCACAUUAAACAUACAAUACCUGUUGGAAGUUUAGAGUGAAAGGCUGUUUUAUUAUGUUUAUACUUUUGAGAUUAUUAUUCUAAGCGUAGAGAUAGAUGCCAAGAAAGUGAUGUCAUACUUAUUUGUAUUUUUACUUACUUUAACGACACGUUUUUACGUUGAACCAUAUGACAAUCCCACAAUGCAAACUAAAUGGGCGGCAGGUAGCCUAGCAGUCAGAGGCGAGCCAGCAACCGGAGGGUUGCUAGUUUGAAUCCCGGGUGAGACGGGAAAAAUCUGAAGGGAAGUGAGCUGGUAACCAGAGGGUUGCUGCUGGUGUCAAAUCCUAGAUGGCAUGUACCCUUGAGCAAGACCCUUAACCCCUCCCACAGCAACUGCUCCAUGGGCACCGUAGUGUGGCAGAGUCCCCUGCUCUAACCUGUGUGUGUGUGUGUCUUGGGAUAAAGUCAAAUGUUCUGUUGCACCUUGUGUACAAUUGAAUGAAUAAAAGGAUCUUGUACAGCUUGAUCACUCAAGUUCAAAAAAAUAAUAAUCUCUAACAUGGACCAUCUAUGUAUUUGUAUUUUAUUAUAUCUUAAACUGAGGAAUAUCCUAAAAUAUCGAGAUGAGAAAGAUUUAAUGAAUGUCAGUGAGUUAUUGAGGGAAUAUAGAAUGUUAUGGCAUGUUAUUGAGACUCAACUGCAGGCAGCAUAGUAACUGUAUAUUAGGUCAAUGUUUGCUCAUCUUAGUAGAGAGAGAGGCUGAAGCAGCCAAUGUCAACCCCCCCCCCCCCCAUCAGUAGUGCAUUUACAGUACAGGGUUCUUUCUAACGCAACAACGGAGUUACUCGUAAACGUUUGGCAUGAUCAAUGGACAUAAGAUCUAUUUAAAUAAAUCCUCGUUAAAACACGUGAACGGUGAGGUCAGUAAAAACGAUAUUUAAUAAUCUACUGGGAAACAUAUUGGAUUUUGUCCUAACUUUGUUAAAAUGUUCACAUUAUGGAGCAGUAAUCCAAACGAACUGAACUACAUGUUAACUUUGUAUUCCCCCCCCCGGAUCAGCGCGAUGAGGAUUCUAUUCCUGUAAAAAGCUGGUCCCAAAGUCAACUGCCACUCACUGUACUCGACACGGUUUUGUAUAGAAUCUUUCCAUUCCGUCAUCUAUAUAGUUCAGAUUUUUAGUUCUGCAAGUACUACUUUCUCCAUUUCCUUUGAAGGGGACUCGGUGCUCUUUUAGUUGUGUGUGGAAACUGAAACGGUUAAGUUUGACUAAUAGUUAUUCUCCCCUUUCUCUGCAUGGUGCAUCUGAUGCUGUGGGACUGUUGGAAACUUGAUAUUGUAUGAAAAUUUAAAUAAUAAUAAAACACUGAAACAUUUUAA